AUGGAUGAUAAAGAAAUAAAAUAUAAUAAUCAUCGUGAAAGACAUACUGGAGGAAUCAGUAAAAUUCCAACAGAAGAUUUCAUUUACAUAAGAGAAAUAAAUAAAAGCAGAAAGCACAACGAAGAUGAUGAACAACAAGUUAUAAUGGCUGACAAUGUUUUGGAAACUUGUCGUGAUAGAGAAAUGUCAUUUGUGACACAUCCAGUGGCAUCAAAAGCAUUGGAAGCUCUUUUAAGUCAUUCAUCACCAGAGGUUUUUGAACGAUUCACAACUGCACUUAUGCCAAAUCUACGACUUCUUGUUAACGAACCUUCAGCCUCUUUUGUACUAGAAUCAUGUUUAAAAGUUGGAACUUUACGAGCAGUUUCUACAAAGACUCAACAGAAAUCUGAUGAGAAUGUUGAUGAACCAGCAGCGAAGAAAAAGAAAAAGUUUGAAAAAGUUUCUUUAUGUGUUGACUAUAAUCUAAAGCUUGACAUUAAACAUUCACAUAAAGUUUACUGUCAAGAAUUGGUAGAGAAAUUAAGCAGAUUUAUGCUUAACAAUCUUGAAGAUUAUAUUUAUGAAGGAAAUGCUAAUCAUUUAAUAAGAACUGCAGUUCUUUGUCUUGGUGGUAUUGUAACUCAAAAAACUGUUUUUCAGAAAACCGAAACAAUCAAUUUAAAACAGCAAAAGGAAGUGAAAAUUCCGGAAUCAUGGGAAGAACUUGUCAAAGAAUUCACAAUUCGACUUCUUGCAUGGCCACAAUUUCCUGAACUUGCAUUUGCUGAAACUUCAUCUGUCAUUCUCCAGACACUUUGCAAAUCAUUGAAAAAUCUCGAAAAUCAAGAUGAAACAAUUAAGAAACUAAUUAAAAAAGUUAUGAAGGAAUCAUUCAAAGAUGAAUCGGAAGAAUCGACAGAAUCUGAAGAUAUGAAAGCGUUCAGUUCACCUUCAUCGCUUCGUUUACUUGAAACUAUGAUGGAAUGUUGUGAAGUUAAACUUUUACAUAGAAUUUAUAAAAAAUAUUUCAAGCAAAAAUUUAUGGAGCUUUGCGAGUCACGUGAAUUAAAUUUUGCUGUUCAACGUUUGAUUGACGCUUUGAAGAUUGAAUCGAAAGAAAUUUUCGAAGAGAUUUUCAACACAUUGUCACCUGAAAUAACGAAAUUACUUCAAAUUGGACAUACUGGUGUUGUGUUGUCGCUAUGUAAAGCAUGCGAAAGACUUGGAGUAAAGCAAGGACAAUUUAUUCAAAGUUUAUUGAAAUCAUUGGAUUGCUCAGCUGAUAAAGCAAACAAAUGCAUUUUUCCAAUAAUUUAUCUCACUCCAUUGACAGUCUUAGAAAGCCAGGAAGAUGUUGAGAUCACACUUCACGGAUCUUUAAUCCUCCAACACAUAUUUCAGUUCAAUAAACCAAUAAAAAUUAUUCAAAGCUUAUUAGAGAUGAAGCCACAAGACAUUGCCAACAUUUUCUGUGAUCAAAAAGGAUCAAGAAUUGCUGAUGCUUAUUUAGAGUCGAAGUUCAUUGGUGAGAAAUCGCGAGAGAAGCUUGUAAAAAGUUUAGAAGGAAUGUACUUGAAGAUGGCAUUAUCUAAAAACGGUUCGCACGUUCUUGAGAAAUUUUACAACUUAUCAUCCGACUCACAAAAGGAAGUCAUCGUUCGUGAACUUUCUGAGCGAAUGAAUCAACUUAACAGCAGUGUCUCUGGAAGAAUAAUCAAUUACAAGUUCUCUGUUGAAUGCUACACAAGAAAUAUUAAUCAAUGGAAAAGUUUUCUUUCAAAAUCUUCUCAAAGGUAUGCAAACUGA